ACGGGAAUAGUCGGCGGUCAAAGAAAACGCGUCUCUUUUUUAUAUUUUUUUAUAUUUUGAUUUUGUCACCUAAAAAUCAAUUAAUUAUUUCCAUUUUAAUAGGUUAUUGUGUGUGUGUGUGUAAUUAUAAUCCAAAAAUAAUUAAUAAUAAUAAUGGCUGAUAAUAAUAACAAUGAAAUUCCCACCAAAAACGACAGCAAUCAAAAUAAUAACAAAAACGAAACAACUACGUCAACGUCAUCACCACCAUCAAGCGCAAUGCAAACAAACACUACAACACAGCAGCAACAACAACAAAACCAACAAAAUACCCAAAACACCAAUGAGAAUAGAGAAAUUCUAACAAAACUUUCUCCAAAAGUUUUGCAUGCAUAUGAACAACUGGCGCGAGAGAGAGCAAACAUUGCCUCUCCCUAUGAAUUAACGGCCAAACCAAUCUCUGGUGUUGGUGAGAAUUGUUAUGGUUUGAUAAUGCAAGUGUGUGUGAGAGCAAAGCAUGCCGUUAAUAACAAUGAGAGUAGUGGCAACACUGCUGAGUGUUUAACGGCGGAAACGGAUGUUGGCGCAAAGCAAUUGCAUGAAUUUAUUACGAUUUUAAAGAUGUCACCUAAAAACCCGGCAUUUCGUGAUCACAGCCACAUUCCGGAACUAUAUCAACGGGAAGUGUUCCUCUAUGAGCGUGUUUUUCGCGAAUAUCAAACGCUAUACGCAGAACAAAAGCAAAAAAGCGGAGAAAAUCAACAAUUUAAAUUUGAUAUUGUCCCCGAAAUCUUCUACACUUGCCUUGAUCCAAUGGAUGAAUUUUUCAUCUGUGAAGACCUCUCGCUUAGUGGUCAUCGACAAAAUGUACGCACACAAAUGCCCACCAUUGAUUUGGCCUCAGCCACAUUUCGUGCCAUUGCUAAAUUCCAUGCCAUGUCGUUUGCGUUGCAAUCCAAAAAACCGGAAAUAUUUAAAGAUUUGAUUUCAAAUUAUCAGGAUAAUUUAUUUAAUGAAAACAUUUGUUACGUGCCACCUGCUUCGGCACUAUGGUGUUGUGGCCGGUCUCCCUCCUGGUUCUGGUUUUUAUUUUAUGCCAGUGGUUGUAUCAAACAAGCGUACAACCUGCUUUGUUCUUUUCCAGGAUCACUCUUCCGCGACCUCGUCCACCAGGAUAAAGCAGAACCCGGAUAUCAUGGAUCAAGGGAAUUGGUGUUAUGGAGGCGGUUGCUGGGGCCUCAAUUUUGCGUUGUGGUGGUUGCUGUGGCCGUCAAAGAUGGGCUGACCUCUCCGCUUUUGUUCGCCGAGGAGGCCAGGUCUCCCUCCUGGUUCUGGUUUUUAUUUUAUGCCAGUGGUUGUAUCAAACAAGCGUACAACCUGCUUUGUUCUUUUCCAGGAUCACUCUUCCGCGACCUCGUCCACCAGGAUAAAGCAGAACCCGGAUAUCAUGGAUCAAGGGAAUUGGUGUUAUGGAGGCGGUUGCUGGGGCCUCAAUUUUGCGUUGUGGUGGUUGCUGUGGCCGUCAAAGAUGGGCUGACCUCUCCGCUUUUGUUCGCCGAGGAGGCCAUGCCCACCACGCAACACAUUGAUCCCAUUACCAUUGAAUUUGCCAGAAAAUAUUUGCGGAAAACUCGUGUCAUGUUGGAGCAGGAUGGUCGGGUGACGGCGGCAAAACAAAUUGAAGCUUUGAAAAAAUUGGAGGAACAUUUUAAGAUUGUCUCUAUGCAGUGUGUUAAUGGACCGCAGGCGGCGCCAUAUGCUGUCAUCUGUCAUGGCGAUUAUUGGAACAAUAAUAUGCUGUACAAAUAUGAUGACCACACCCAGGAAGCCGUGUCCGCCAAACUAAUCGAUUUCCAGCUAUCCCGCUAUUCCUCCCCCGUGGUGGACCUGAUGCACUAUCUUUGCACCAGUACCGAUCGUGAUUUGCGCAAACAACAUUUCAAAGAGCUGCUCGACAUCUACUAUCAAACCUUACGGGAACACCUGGAAUACUAUCAACUGGACGUGGGGGUCGUAUAUCCCAGAGAGAUUUUCCUACAACAUCUCAAGGAAAUUGGUAUAUUUGGUCUUUGUAUGGCGGCAUUUUCGAUACCUUUCUUCAUUUCGAAUUCCAAUGAAUUGCCCGACAUGGAUGAGGUGGCCACAGCCAUAAGAGAUAUUUCAUCAUCGUCGGAGAAUUCCGAUGAGGAUGAAGUUGGUGGUGGCGAUCAGGAAAUGAAUGACAUUGAUAAGACGACGGCCAAAGCCGCUGAUGCCAAACGCAAGGAGCUUUUGGAUGAGUAUGAUCUCUUGACGGAACGUACCCUGCCCAUAUUUAAGAGACGGAUGUUUGGUCUACUCAAGGAUUUGGAAGAAUAUGGAAUGUUGGAAUGUGUAUUGAAAUUGUAGAUAAAAAAAUGGAUGCUUACCCCCACCCUGAACCCCACUUUCCCCUUUUGAACAGAACACUACAACAGUAUUAGAUAUUUAUUGUUUCAUUUUUAUUUUCUUUCUCUCUUUUGUUUGCUUGCUUGUUUCUUUGUUUAUUAUUUUUUUUAAUUUUUCUUGUUGUUGUAUUACUAAAGUAUAUUGUUGUUGUUGUAUUUUAUAUACUAUAUUCAUUUCAUUUCUAUAAAUUAAUUACAAAAACACAAAAUUCUUUAUAUUAUUAAUAAUAAAAAAAUUAUAUAUUAUUACUCACUUCUUAUUAUGCAUCUUUAAUUAAAAAAAUAUUUUUGUAUAUAUGUAAUUAUGUAUAUGUGUAUAUAUGUAAUAAUAGCACACCAAAGUUACAAAAAACAAACAACAAAAACUAUUUAUGGAAAUGAAUAGAAAGAAAUGGA